AGCCUUAAACUUGGUUUGUAGAUAGAAAGACUGAAAGAGGGGAAGUUUGGAGAGAGGUGAAACAAUGGCUGCUGUUGCAAUUGGAACGUGGCUCUGUACAGGCGUCCGACAAAGGCCGGCAAACUCGGCUUCUGUGUCGCUCGCCGCCGGUUCAAGAACUACUACAGCUGCCUCCGUCUCUCUCAAAUCCACAGCUCCUGGCUUCCUUCGCUGCUCCUUUGUCUCUGCUUCUUCACCGCUCUCUAGCAUAUCUAGUUCCUCCUUCUCAGGUUCUUCACUGGGGUUGAGCUUCAAUAUUAACACUGGAGUGAGCACAGGUAGGAGGCAUGUUCUGGUGGUUAGAGCGGGGAAAGCCGCUCUUUGUCAAACCAAGAGGAAUAGGUCUAGGAAGUCUUUAGCCCGAACACAUGGCUUCCGUAGGCGCAUGCGCACCACAAGUGGAAGAGCACUUUUGAAGCGAAGACGGGACAAGGGUCGAAAGGAUCUCUGCCCCAAGUCCAACCCGUAUAGUGGGAAACGGUCUUGAUCCUUUGUGUUUUUGGCCUGUAUGCUGUUUGUUGUAGGUAAAUUCAGUCCUUUCUGAGACUACUUGCAGAUUCUUAUCAGUGUGUUUGAUGGUUUUAUUCACCAUAUGUACAUCUAACUUGCAUUCUUUAUUCUGGUGAGAUCUUUCUUUUUGCAUGCAAUACAUAAUUUGAUUAAUAUUCC